CCUCUAGUUUGUACUUGAAGGAAACUAGGGAUGUCUGUUGGAACUUUGUUCUUUGGUUGACGGAAGGAAGUGGUGGUCUAUUUUGUGAGUUGAGUGACUGCAGGUGUUCUUUGGACCAGACACUUCCUUACCACGCGGUAACCACCAGAAUGCAGAAGCCAGCAAAGGAGCCGAUUCCUUCCGUGCAGGUGUUCGGUAGAAAGAAAAGUGCAACUGCUGUUGCAUAUUGUAAAAGAGGAAAUGGAAACUUGAGAGUAAAUGGCAGGCCAUUGGAGAUGGUAGAGCCUCGUGUGCUGCAAUAUAAACUUCAGGAACCAGUACUGCUGUUAGGAAAGGAGCGUUUUUCCGGAGUUGAUAUCAGAGUUCGUGUAAACGGAGGUGGCCAUGUUGCACAGAUUUAUGCUAUUCGUCAAGCCAUUUCAAAAGCUCUUGUUUCUUACUACCAGAAAUAUGUAGACGAGGCGUCUAAGAAAGAGAUAAAGGAUAUUUUGAUCCAGUAUGACAGAACUCUCUUGGUAGCUGACCCGAGGCGUUGCGAGCCCAAGAAGUUCGGUGGACCAGGUGCCCGUGCAAGAUACCAGAAAUCAUACCGUUAAAGUGUAUAUUCUCUUAUUAAUAAACAUUCUUUGAAAACA